GACGAAACGCAGUUUCAAAGAUCGUGCGAUGGGUCGCUUCACGACCUCGCUGCAUCUGCAGACGGCGGGCGGCCUUCUCUAUGUACUGCUCUCACUGGCGUGCUGCGUCUACUACACCCGCCUGCUCCAACCCACGUUUGCCAACGACCUCUGGUGGGCUGGCUACAACGUCUCGGGCUACCAAGCUUUUCUCAUCGAUCUCUGCAACCAGUUUCUCAUGACCAACGCCAACGGCUCGCUCGACGUGCUCUCUGCCUCGGCCAUCGUGCCCAAGACAUACUCGACCAUCGAUGCGUUCACGUCCAUCUACACACCCUACAUGCACGACGUCCUCCUCGGCGAACUCACGUCCAUCGAGUACGCUGUGCCGCAUCUUCGGACGCUCAGCACCUACUGGUGCAUGCGCAUGAACGUGCAGCACUGCUGGGUUGACUUUAACAAAACGUUCGAGAUGGCCCACACGCUUCUUCGGCAAGAACGCUGUGAGCGCCGCUAUCGAGCCAACGCUGCCGUGUACCUCGAAGCGAUCCUGCGCAACCAGCCAUGGGACGCGUAUCUGGCGCUCUGGGCUGGAAAUGGGCUUCGCUUCAACGUAGCCAUCCAGCGUGGUCUUCAAGAGACUAUGGGUGGCCGCUCGUUUCUGGCACAGAUGGCGACGGCGGCCAACACGACGUCGGUGGCGGACGAGCUUGCCUACUGGCAGUCGUACAACUUGUCGAUAUUUGAGCUGCAGUGGCAGAGUCGGUGGCAACCUGGCGUCUCCGAGACCAUUGUUGUCUCGAACGCCUUAGGCAUGCAAGAGAAUUUUACGCUCAAAGCGCUCGACCAAGUCACGGGCCCGUGGUCGUCGCAGAGCCUCUUUUGGAUGCCGCUCAACGAUCUGUACAACGGCAUGAUCCUGAACCGAAGUUUGAUCCGAGGCACGAGUCGCCACUUUGCUACCAACAUCAGUGCAUCCUUGCCCGCCAUCAACUUGGAGAUCUAUCGGGGCAUGGCCGACAGUCGCGGCAACCUUGUCGGGAAAGCAUGGCUCUUCCACACCUUCAUCGGACCUUACAUGAGCGUUGACGUUCGCUACAAGCUGCGGCCAGCACCACUUGUCGCUACGUACAAUCGGUUCCAGGACGUUGUCUCGGCGCAUCUCGCAACGUCGACAGCGCGAUUUGAAUCGUUUACGAGACUCCCGUCGGUGGUCUUGACACCGACGCCGUCGCGCUGGCAGGCCAACUACACCUUCUAUGGCGGCGACCCGAUGUGCGUCCUUGGCACGGGCACAUCGUAUGUGCAGCAGUCGUUUGAUUUUUAUGACGACUGCUCCCAAAAGACACCUCUCAGUGCCCAGCCGCCACCCAUGUCCCUCCUCUUUGCUCUGCUCGCUGCCUCUACAGCCUCAAGUACAUUCUCGAUCCACGCCAUCUGCGCACUCUCCACCACUCCAGACCCGUGUGUAUCGAUGCUCUCUGCAGGAUCACGCUGGCUUCAGGAGCUACCCAUUCCAGACCAGAUCUCGUUGAUGCUCGAGUCGCUAUCACCGGUGCUUCAGGCCACAGACAUCAGCUUUAUGCAGUUUGCGAAAGCCUCCAAUGGCUCGUGGGUGCUCUUGCAGCAGCCGCUGCUAAGCGCUUGGGACGAUCCCUGGACGUUCUAUGGCUGGUGCUUUGCGGCCGACUGGGCCACUGGCAUUCGCCAAGCCGCCUCGUUUGAAGGCGACGUGUCGUCGAUCGUCCUUCUCUCCAACGCAUAUACGAGCCAGCACUAUGUCACGAGUGGCCAACCACUCGAGACUGCCACCAAGAUGAUCUACUAUCUUGUACUUACGAGUACCACUUGGCUCGUCAGCGUCGGUGGACUUGCAUUGCUCUACACGCUUUACAGUCGCUUUUACAUCACGGGCCGCAAUCUGCUCUGUUUCAACCGGCUCGUGGGCUCGGUCUGGGCUGGCCGCCAACUCAUGCUUAUGCGCGGAACCAGCGCCAUCUUGAUUUUGAGCACGGCGCAGCCAAAACUGGAGGCACAAUUUGGCUAUAGCCGGCUUGUCGAGAGUGCGCGCUCGGUGUGGGAGACGGGCAUCAUAGCGGGCGAGGCUACGUGGCUCUCGUACUCUCUGCACGAGUAUCUCGUGAUCGCUCUGCCAAUCAGCUUCUCGCGACUCUACGGCCCGUGGACGAACGCGCUGGCGUGGCUUACAAUUCUCAUCGUGAGCCUGGCCUCUCCCGUGGGCAUUGAAAUGACGUUGCGUCGCGAGUGUGUCGGCAACGAUAUGGACUAUGGACUUCUCUGCACAGCAGGAACCAUCUCGACGGGCAGUCUUCACCGACUCAUGCUUCUUGUCAGUCUCCAGGUUGGCAUCGUUGUCGUGUCCAUUAGCCUCGGGUGCGGAGUGCGCCGCAUGUGUGGCGUCGACAAGGGCGACGACGACGAGGAGGAUCAAGAAGAGAGCUUGCUCGUUUCCGGUUUGGCCCAGGCCUUCAUCACCGCCGACCCGCACCGCCCGGCCGCUCACAUCUACGACCCUGUGACCUGCGUUCUCUGCGGGCUGCUUCCCCUUUCGUACAACGGCCAUCGGUAUGUCUUUGACCUCAAGCUGUGGAGCUUGCUGCCUGAUACGAUCUCAACGGACCCGCACACGUCGCAAACGGCCCCCGAGGUCACGCUCGCGGUAACGCGCCCACGCUCCGCUAGCGUUGCCUUCUCCGUGCCGUCCAUCGAUCUCAUUCGUGUGGCCUCGGGCCGGCGCCGGCUUCGAGCGCUGCUCGCUACGUUUGGCUUGCUGUACAUGGUCGCCUCGAUCACUGGCUCGGUCUUGUACUUCGAAGUGUCCAAAGUUUACUUGGACAACGACUUGUACUGGGCGACCUUUAACGUCACGGGGGCCCACACGUUUUUUGCCACCUGGCUCAACGAGCAGCUCAUCUUGCGGGCGACUGCUCAAAGCAUUACGUUGGAUAAUGGGAGUAUCAACCUCUUUGGUUCAUUCGCGACACCGACAGCGUAUGUGUCGACCGUCAACAACUAUGGUGCGUGGCUCCAGCACAACGAAUUGAGUGCGAUCGAAGCAUCGAUUGCAGGCCUUCGCGUCUCGGAUGCAUGCAACGCGCCCUGGAUCUUUACACCGUACUGCUACCUCGACUGGAAGAAAACGUGGCCCAUGGCGUACUCGCACCAGCGCCAAAUGCGAUGUCAAGAUAUGGAGACGAACGCUGCCGUGUACCUCGAGUCGGUCCUGCGCAACAUUGACUGGGCGACCUUUGAAUUUUGCUGGGGCAGCGCUUUUGAAACAGCAUUUGGAGUUGAUCUGCGGCAAUCGUCCGAAGGUGUGGAAUGGCUGCAUGCCGUAUCCAGCGAGCGACUCUCACUGCAAGACGAAAUCACGCUGUGGGGUCAGCACAAUCUAUCAACCUUUCAAGUGCAGUGGCAAAACUACAAGCGCAUCGGCGCCAUCAACAGCUACGCGAUCGUCAACGCCUUUGGUAUUUCGUACCCUAUGCAAUUGAUGGCUCUCAACGGCAGCUACCGCUGGAGCAGUCAGACAACGUACAAGAUGUACUGGUCGCUCGCCAACGAUCUCUCAGCGAUCGUGUCCAACGCCAGUGGCAUUGGUGGCCUCAGUCUUUUGCGGACAAGUCCUCGGUUCGCCUUUACAAAUACCUCGCUGCAGGCCGUCUUGACAAGAAACUUGACAUUGAUGUCGCCGUUGUCCAAUGCGUUGGCUCUGGUGGCCACCACCAUCGGCCCGUUUGGCGUCACGGACAUGGUCUACUUACGCGUUCCAGUUGCGGUCAGCAGCCUCGUUCACGACAUUCUUCACAUGGCACGCUUGUCAAUGGGGCAGUCGAUCCUCGCCCAAGCCGCCUUCAACAAGAUCACACCGCUCGGCACAUCGUACCCGAUUCCAAAAAAGUGGCUCAUGCCCAACUACGCCUCGUUCGGGGGGUCUCCGCUUUGCCAAGAAUUUGUGUCGAGCAAGGUCGUCUCGGCGGGCUUGACGAGCGUUCUCUCGUACGACUUGCCGUGUCUGCCGACGUCACCGAUCCAGAGCAAGGCGAUUCCGACGCGGCAACACUAUAUUGUGUCGGCGAUUCUCUCGGGUCUCAGCGCGUCGCCACCCAGUGACUACCGCAAUAUUUGCUCGUUUGACCCAGCAUAUAUUGCCCUCUGCCUCGCCUACCUCAACCAAACCAUGCACUUUAUUCAGACCUACAUGCCAACAGCCAAUGCGUCAUUGGCAUCCAUCGCUGCGUCAACCAAUGCAUUAGUCCACAAUCUGAACAUUGAGUUUAUGAUUUUUGCAAAAGUCAACGCGUCAGCGCCACUCGCACUGCUCCACACCAACCUCCUCGACCCAAGCGAAGUCGGCUUUGGCUUCUUGCAUGGACUCAUCUCGUUCCAAGGCGACAUCGGGACGCUCAAUAUCCUGACGGACCUCCAACUCCCGCUACUCCAACAAGUGCAGCCGUGGAUGCUCACGCAAGAUUUUGCCGAAUACUGCCGCGCCGGUGUGUGGUAUGUCACGUUUCUCAUGCUCUCCGUCUCGGCACUCGCGUGCGUCUACAUGGUGACGACGCGGGGGGCUUUUGAAGGGCUCAACAUGCUCGAGCUCUCGCGGGUCGGCGGUAUUGUCUGGGUCGGCCGGCCGCUUCUCUUUCUUCGGUCCAUGACAGCGCUCUGCCUCCUCUCCACUGCCACGUUUGAGCUCCAAACCUCUGGCUACCGCAGCUACUUUGCCGCCGUGCCCACGCCGUGGUACAAGAUCGCACUUGCGGCCGGCGAGGUCACAUGGCUCGUCUCGGUCGUCAACGACAUUGCUCUUGUAUUUACCAAAGAGUACUCGAUGUACUACACGACUGCCAACAGCAUUCUCGUGUGGCUCAUUGUCGCGACGCUGGCUGGCGCCUUUCCCGUCGAAGCCACCGUGAAUUUGCACCAAACCUGCGUCGUUGCUCAGGUCGACUUGCAAGCGGUUUGCAGUAGCGGCAUGAUUGCGAUCGGUCAGCGCGACCGACUCUUGCUGCUCUCGGGGAUCGUUGUCGGCUGCAACAUGGUUUGCUUUGGCAUCGUGCGCUUAAGCGUGGACAAGCCACCAACCCGGGUGCGAUCGCUACUGCUCUCCAGCGGCGCGAAGUACCUCUUCAUGCACCACAACCGCGUCGUGCAGGACGUCUAUUACCUCGACCGCGCCUCGGCUGUCCUCGCCGGCAUCGUCACCUACCGCCACGGGCGACGCAUGUAUGCGCUCGAUGUGAAGCUCUGGCGCCUCUUCUCGACGCCGCUUUCGCUCGCCAACCAGUCCAAUUCGAUGCUCGAUUCGGCGCUACCACUCCGCAAUGCAAAGUAG